UGACCAGUGUGUUUACGUUUAUCGUUUGUGCUGGUGUGUUCGAAGCUAUUAUGUUCGUUGUUUUCUUCUUUCAUGUGCGGUAUAAUUAAUUUAUUAUUAUUUUCAACUGAUAUACAUUACUCGUUUUACAUUGCACGAAAGACUCGGAUCGGCGUAAUUUACAAAAUCGACAAUUUUAUAUUGUGCAAAAUGGACAGUAUGGAGAAAAAAGUUAUAAGAUGGAUAGAAUUGAUAAAAUCAGCAAAGCUAGAAGAUGCCUUGAAGGAUAUUCAGAUGAAUAUUCGUGUUCAGCCAGAUGAGAAAUUGAACAUGUAUAUUUUUAAAUUAUUGCGGUAUUUGUCUCAUACAAUCUCAGAUAAAUGCAACAAACAACACCAUAUGCCUGGAAAAAGAAUCGCCGAAUUAUCCAAACUACUUUGCUCAUUAUUGAUUGAGGUACCUGAUGAUAAAAUCUAUGUCAUAAGUUUGUACCAUAUCAUCCGUUGUUUAAUCUCUUCAAAUCUGUAUGAGGAUGCGGCCAAUAUCUGCUGUUAUCUAGAACCUGGAAAAUUGUAUAGUCCUACAAACGACACCAUGGGAAUUCUAGUACAAAUAUUAUCUUUAUGGCGCAUUCCAAUAAACAAUAUUUAUUCUCUUGCCACUGACUCAUUGAGCUCAGAAAGUUAUAGUAACUUGAAGAGUAUCAUAAGACAUGAAAUGAAGAUGAUAAAAAUUGUAUAUGAAAAUCAUACACAUCACUUGAUUGCGAGGAUAAGUAUACAUAUAGAUAAAAUAGCAACAAUUGAUAAGGAGAGAAAUUUGUAUUUUGAUGAUUUUUAUAAAUAUAUUUUGGGAUAUCUAACAGAAGCACGGCUGUGUUUAGACAAAGAUGAAAAGUAUGUAACAUAUUGUCAAAUACUUCAUAUAAUAUGUCGUGUAAUAUGUAAGAGUAUCAAUACAUCUCGUAUAAAAUAUGCUGUCAAAACAUUGAAUAAGUUAUGUGGUUGUUUUAAAAAUCUUUUCAUAAAAGAUGAGGAAUGUUACCAAUACUUCCAACAGUUUCAAAGCCUGUGUGUGAUAUUUUUAACUCCAGUGGAGAAUCUUACGGAUGACACUGCCAAAAGUAUACAAGAUUUUAUUAUUCAUGACAAGAAGAUAGCACAAAAAUAUGGAUAUACAGGGAGCUUCAAGUGGAACGUGUUUGGUAUUAAAGAAAUAGUUGACUCCGUGUUCACAUAUUGGGAGACGUGUGUGAAAAAUUAUCAACAGAAAUUUCUCGAUACUGGCAUCUUGUUGGAGACAAUAAGCUUAAUUGUAUAUAUAAGUGUAUUUCUAACGAAGAACGUGUCAAACAAAUGUAACGCAUGUUUGAAUGAAAAGUGUACAGUUAAAAGGGACAUAUACAAUACAGUAAUAUUAAAGUUCAGAUGCGUCAAUUUAGUAAGUAAAUUCCCUGUAAAAAUUUUGCCGAAGGAACUGUGUGUCCUUGUUGGGAAAAUCUUGGAGCAAGAUGUAGCGUUGAUCUACGAAAUGAAAGAAUGCGAAUGCAAACGUUGGACGCAAUUAUGGGUCACGUGUGGUGCUUUAAUUUAUAACAUGGGCAUAGCAACUGAGCAUGUUUACGAGGAAUGCGUACAUAUGUUCUCCUUGUUGUGUACUUGCAUAUUCCGAUUUCAAGGAAUCGAUCCACGGUCCAACUACCUUUGUUUUGAAAAUCCCAUCUCUGCCGCAUUGCACAGAUUAUGUGCCAUACAUUACACCAACAAGAUGUACAGAGAAGCUAUGACUGCAUCUGCAUUGAACGGCCUGUUAACUUACAAUACGCAAUAUAGAAAGGCUUUCGACAUGUGGGUAAAUAUCAAGAAGAAGUGUGCCUCGGAAGAAGUCGCGAAGCUAACUAUGCUGGAAUGCCUGAGGGAUGACAAAGAUAAGAUCAGUGAGAUGGGAUUCACAAUUGACUUUUCUAAGUACGAUCUCAUUCAGUUUUGCUUGCGUGAGGCAAGAAGUUUGCUGGAGGAGAACGUCGCAUUUGCUGACGGCGUGUCAGCGGUUCUGCAGGAACUUAGGAAAUUGAAGCCGACCAAAAGCCAAUACGCACACGCAAUACAGUUAUUGGGACACUAUUUGUUAGGUUCUGCCGAGCAUAACAGUUCGGUCUUGGAAUAUCACGAGCAAGUCAUCCCGCAUUUGAAGCAAGACAAAUCGAAUUCCGCGGCUGUCCUAUGCCUGGAAGUUAAUUUAACAUUUUUCACAUUCGUCGAGGAGUUGCAUACAAUGAAUAAGCAAACUCUCGCGGAAAUGGAGAACACAAAAUUCGCUUUGUACGCUCCCAAGCUACCGGAAGUUCGCGAGACUAAAUCUCCAACCGUAGUACCGGCUUACACUAUGUUGAAUAUCAAGAAAGACUCCAGUCUCAAACUGAGCUUGCGGAAAUGUUUGAAGAAGUGGGACCAAUUGCUCAAGUAUGAAACGCUUAGUGAGAUUAUUAAAAAUUGGGAACCGAAUCUUCUACUUCGCAUGCUGGUCACAUUUGGUGAAUACUGUCGAGUUUAUCGUCAUGACAAAUGUGAAGCGGAAGCGUGGAUGCUGGCGCAUAAAUUAGCGUCAGAAAUGGGCGAUUAUUGUACAAUUAUUUACAUCACAGGCCGCAGUAUUUCAUUGAGGCAAAUCAAUUACGAUUGGAUUACCAGUGCUAAGGAAUAUGCCAUGAAGCACAGAGACUCCAAAAACGGGAAUACAAUUAGCGCCAUUGCUAUCUUUUGGAUAAGCUUGGCGGAUUUUUAUUUCCAAUGUGGAAAGUGCGACAACGCAAAGGAAUUGCUUGACGACGCUAGAAAUUUUCCAGAAAUUUCAUUUUUCUCCAACACGUCUGUGUAUCUGUUCGGCUUGGAUACCAUCAUAUGCAAUUGCAAUUUAUACGGAGACAACGUAAAACAUGAGAAUUACAGUUCAUACAUUGUGGAAAGUCUAUACGCAAUGAUCAAUUUGUCUCAAGAUCUGUCGGUGAAGAAAUAUAAAAGUCAGGCCGAAUGUCUCUUCAGUUACGACGUGCUCUUCACUGCAACGGUCAAUCUGUCGAUGCGAGUGAACCACCUGUUGUCGUUUCGCGAUAUCUGCGCGCACCUGGUGCGCCGUGUGAAGUCGGCGCAGAGCUUGGGCGCGGUGAUGCGUACCGCCGAGCUGUUGAAGUCGCUAUGCUACAUCGACCUGUCGCGCACGAAGCUGGACGAUUGCGAAGUGAAGUUGCAAGGCCUCGAGCACAUGUUGGACAUCGAAACGUUCCAAUUGUCCAUGAACUCCAAGCCGAGCGCCGUCGAAGUGUCCGGUCACCUGGCGGUGUCGCCCGCGAGGAUCGUCGAUCCCGUGAGAGACGUGCCACAGCGCGACGCAUCGCCGGUGCUCGGCAAGAAGGUCUUCGACCUGCCGAAAUUCGCACUGCACGGGAAGAACUGCGAUUGCUACAAGUGCGAGAACGCGUCGUAUCAGUACCUGGUGUUCACUACUACGUACAUCAGAGCGCAACUGUACGCCUUACAGUGUCAUAAUACGGUGGCGCUCGAUCAUUUCUACGGCGCCUUCAAGAUACGGCAGAAACUGUUCGGGGAGAAGCAAACCGUGCUGCCGGAGAGCCGCUCUUGCGACGAGGUAGGUGCGAAGCGGUUCUCCUGGCAAGCACGAUCGUACAUCGUCGAUUACGUGCAGCUGCUGGUCGAUUUCUCGUAUUUUCUGGGAGCCAACGUGGCGUCGAGGCAGCAGGACGCGUCCGACGUUGCCAAUUUAGCGAUAAAUAUAUGUCGCAGGUAUAAAUUGGAGAGACAUCCCGUCUAUAUCUCGGCUGAGGAAGUAGUGCUCAACAGCGCUUUUCAAACCAUGUUGGAGUCCCCGAAUUAUCUGGAUUUCAUGGUCCCCCAAGCAUGCGAUAUCGACAUAAGCAAGUAUGUGAGAGCUUCGUCCAACUCGAGUACUUGCGUGACGCCGUCCACCCACAAACGUUACGUCAAAAAGCCUGCUUCGGUCCGGCGUAAGAAGAAUCCGGUGGUUUUGAACUUGGAUAAAAUUAGCAUGUCUUUGAGCGACGACGAAGACGACGAUGCAUCGUCAGAGCUGCCGCAGACCUUGAGAAGCGGGAAAAGUCGUGGAAAUUAAAUUUGUCAUGGAAAACCGGAAGAUGUCGGGGAAAUAUAUAAAGUAGCCUGGAAUUUUAAA